GCCCGCCCGCCCGCCCGCCGCUGGCUGGGUGGCAGUCACGACAGAGCGCGGUCGCCGGCGAGGUGGGCGCGGGCGCGGCGGGGAGCGCGGGAGCGCCCAGGACGUGGGCAGGGCCCCGGGCGGGGGCGCGGCCGGAGGAGGGCACGUCGGCGCCUCGGCGAGGAUGGGAGUCCCCGGCACCCGCGGCUGAGCGAGCGGGCGGGCGCGCGGCGGGCAGUGCGCACGAGGAGGGCGAGCCUGCUGUUCCCCCGGGAGCCCAACACCGUUCCCGCGCGGCCACGAUGAUCCCUCCGAGCGGCGCCCGCGAGGACGGCGUGGACGGGCUGCCCAAGGAGCCGGCGAGCGCCCAGCAGCCGCCCUCUCCCGCGUCCACCAGCAGCCAGGAAUCCAAGCUCCAGAAACUAAAACGAUCACUUUCUUUCAAGACCAAGAGUUUACGCAGCAAAAGUGCUGACAACUUCUUCCAGCAAACCACCAGCGACAUGAAGCUGCAAGCAGACGUGCUGGCCGAGGUCAGCCCCGGCUCCAGCCCACUCCCUGCUCCAGGAAGCCUGACGUCCACGCCCACCAGGGCCGGCCUGCACCCCAGCAGCGGCAAGGCCCAUGCCUUUCAAGAGCACAUCUUCAAGAAGCCCACUUUCUGUGACGUCUGCAACCACAUGAUCGUGGGAACCAAUGCUAAGCAUGGACUGCGCUGCAAGGCCUGUAAGAUGAGCAUCCACCACAGGUGCACUGACGGCCUCACACCCCAGCGGUGCAUGGGCAAGCUGCCAAAGGGAUUUCGGCGUUACUACAGUUCCCCAUUGCUCAUCCAUGAACAGUUUGGAUGCAUUAAAGAAGUUAUGCCCAUUGCCUGUGGCAACAAGGUGGACCCUGUCUACGAGACCCUGCGCUUCGGCACCUCCCUGGCCCAGAGGAUGAAGAAGGGCAGCUCUGGCAGUGGCUCGGACUCACCCCGCAGAACCUCUACUUCCGACCUGGUGGAGGUUCCUGAGGAGACUGACGGGCCAGGAAGCGGGUACGACCUGCGGAGACGCAGCAACAGUGUGUUUUCAUACCCAGAAAACGGCGCAGACGAUUUCAGAGACCAAGCAAAGAACAUAAACCACCAGGGACAGCUUUCCAAAGACCCAUUACAAAUGAACACCUAUGUUGCCUUGUACAAGUUUGUACCACAGGAGAAUGAAGAUUUGGAAAUGAGGCCAGGAGACAUGAUCACUCUUCUAGAGGAUUCCAAUGAAGACUGGUGGAAAGGGAAAAUUGAAGACAGGAUUGGCUUUUUUCCAGCCAACUUUGUUCAGAGAGUACAACAAAAUGAGAAGAUUUUCAGAUGUGUCAGAACGUUCAUUGGCUGUAAGGAACAAGGACAGAUAACACUAAAAGAGAAUCAGAUCUGCGUGACUUCUGAAGACGAGCGAGACGGCUUCGUCAGAGUCCUCAGCGGGAAGAAAAGAGGCCUUGUCCCCCUCGACGUCCUAGAAAACAUCUGACUGUGGGCCCCACCUCCUCGGGAAGGAGGAGGGCUCUGCUGCGAUGCCCUGUGCCUCAUCUCACACUGUGUCUCCUAGAGGAGCUGCUGCCCUGCCCCGCCCUGGCCCCCAAGGAACCAGAGACAAGACGCAAGGAUCUGAGACCAUGGGGCAACAGCCGCAAAGCAGUUUCUACGCUGCCCAAGAUGGUGAUGAGGCUGGGGCACCCGGGACAGAGCUGAGUGCCACACCUGGCCGCGGCGACGGGACUGUAAAAUGCAGGCGUGUCCCAGGACUCGAGCCCUUCCCUUGCCAUGUGGUGUCAGCUAACCAUGCUGUGGCCCAGUGCGGGGUCCAGAUCCAUGUAGGCAAUGUUAUUCUGCUUCCAGACCUUCAUCCUCUGUGUGGGUCACUCAGCAGCAUCGCAUCUCAGACCCCGAGCCGUCGCUCUGCAGAGCAUCAGGAAGCCCUUCCCCGACUUUGCAGCUUCUCCUUCCCAGGCCCUCCACUCCGUGACCAUGCUGUGCAGAGCAGCCAACUCCUGUCUCUUUCAGUCCCGUAAGUCAGUCCUGGUGUGUAGUGCACAUGAGGGCAAACUGACAGCACCAAAGACCUGCCCUGCCCAAAGCCAGUGGACAAGCAGCCCCUCUUGCUGCUCAGGUUACGCACCGGGCAGAUGCAGCAGCAUCUGAGGCCCAGACCCCGGGUCAGAGGGUCGGGGGAGGUAAGGAGGGGCACAGGGCCCUUAUUUAUUGAAGAUUACACAGCCCUUUCAGCUGUGGAGUCCUUGCUGGAAGCAGACAGGGAGAGAACAUGGCCAACAGCCCCUCUGUCCCAGGGGGCAGCAUGUUCUCUUCAUGCCAUCCUGCAAGACUGCCUUUGGAGGUUGGGUCCACCAUGCAAGGAACCAGGAACAUGGAGAGAAACUAAGGACACAACCUAAGAAAUGUAGCCGAAUCAGAAUUCCUUCUUCUUUGGGGCAGUAUACUAUGCCCUAGCAGAUGUAAAAUGGAAAACCAUCCUUACCGCUUCACCCGCUGAGGGUGAAGCCCAUGUAGACAAUUUAGCAUCAUCUAGGGGGAUCUCUGUUACUCUGUACUUGUACUAAUGUUUACAAGAAUGCAAUAUACUGUGAUGCCUUCCUCCUCAAGCCUCCCUCUAGCACCCAAACUUGCAUUCUAGUUAGUCAUCAAGGUGGUUCCACUCCAAUUCACAGUGACCUUGGGGUCAAGGCCAGUUUGAUCUCUUUUGUUACCAAGCAAUAAAUCACUAGAACCAUUGGUUUCUAGAAGACGUAGUAGCUGCGUCCUGCGCAUGUGAGCAUUCUCUCCCAAACCAAAGCACGACCAUCUGCGUCUCCUCCUUUGGUCUUGCUCGCAUGCCGGUGGGAGCUGAGAUGGAUGGCUGCUGGCUUCACAGUAGUUUGGAUGCCUUACUCUCAUUUUAAAGCCAGCAUCCAGAAUGUCCCCCUCUUUUACAACACAGAAAAUCCAAGGUACAGAGUCAAGAUGGAUUCUUUGAAAGCCAGGGUGAACAUCAUGACUGCCUUUCUGUAAAACUGAAUGCCGCAUACAAAUCCUCUUUGCCUCUCAUUCAAUAUUCCAUUUAAUAAAAACAACGCAGUGGCUGGAAGGAGCUUAACAAA